CAGGCAGCAGGCCGGUGCUCUUCUGGGCCGACGUCACCUGAGGGGAGGGAUGUUGUUGACGAGCUCAAAAGGCAGUUCCUGACUUUGCUCCUGACGCUCUGGGCGGCUCUGGCACCCUGCCCUUCGUCCACCCUGCGAGGGGAAACAGAGGAACCAAACGAAACAGGGCCUAUUAAUAAUAUUUGAUUUCCACUGCUCUCUCUAAUUCAAGGGCAACAGAAUGUUUGCCCAAAUUUUUGAAGUGUCAGCGGCUACUGCCUCCAAAGUGAUGGCUGCCCACAUGAGCAGAAACUUUUUGCUCAAACUUCCAAGCAAAGUCUGCAGCACAAUGGCGCCGAACAUCAUCAGCGCCAGGUUUUCCACUUCUUCCCCGAAGGCUUCCGCUCUGCCUCGUUUACCUGUUCCACCCCUGAAGAUUACCCUUGAUCGAUAUUUAAGAUCAAUCAGACCCUUUGUCAAUGCAGAAGAGCUUAAAGUCACGGAAAACCUGGCCGCCAAAUUCGGCAGCGCUGGAGGCGUUGGGGAAAAGCUGCAAAAACUGCUUGACGAGCGAGCGAAAAACACGGAAAAUUGGUUGGCAGACUGGUGGCUGAACACGGCCUAUCUGGAAUUUCGAGCGCCUGUGGUUGUGUUCUCCAAUCCUGGCUUAGUUUUCCCAAGGAAAGAAAUUUCCUCUGUAAAAGAGCAACUGUCAAAUGCGUCGCUGGUGAUCGCUGCAGCCCUUGACUUCAAAGUGAAGCUUGAUUCCAACGAGAUCGCUCAGGAGAAAAUGGGGCCGCACCCCCUGGACAUGUCGCAGUAUUUCAAGGUUCUCGGCACGUGCCGCAUUCCGGCGGAGAAGAGGGACAAAUUGCGGCUGCCAAAUGAGAAGGAUCCUGCCAAACACAUCGUCGUUGUUCACAAUAACCAGUUUUUCAAGGUGAAUGUUUACGGCAACCACGGUGGACCACUCAGCCAGGGACAAAUUCUGGGGCAGCUGAAGGACUGCAUUCACGACUCACAAGAAGUGGCACCGCCCGUUGGCAUCCUUACGUCCGAACACAGGGACAAUUGGGCCAAGGCGCACAAAAUCCUCAGCCAAAGUGCACAGAAUAAGGCCGUGCUGGAUGCGAUUGAAACGUGCCUCUUUCUCGUGUGCAUCGAUGGUCCCCCAUCUCCUGACGAGAGAGCCGCCCCCAACCAAUUCACGUCCGCUGCAUUAAAAAUGACCCACGGAGGCGGCUCACAGGGCAACUCUGCAAACAGAUGGUUUGACAAGACCAUUCAGUUCGUUUUCGGCCCUGAUGGAGAAGUAGGUUUGACCUACGAGCACAGCCCUGCCGAAGGACAGCCGAUUGCUGUUAUGAUGGACCAUAUUGUGAACUAUUGCGCCCACCGACACCCUCAACAGCCGGCACUGAGGUAUGCGAAGCCCCAGAUAUUAAAUUUUGAAGUUGCAAAUGAGGUUUCUGGAAUGAUUGAACAAGCCAAAAUCAACCUGGACAAGUUGGUCGACGAUCUAGAAAUGUACAGUUUUGCGUUCACCGGCUACGGCAAGGAGUACAUCAAAUCGCAGAAACUGAGUCCAGACAGCUACGUUCAGAUGGGAAUCCAAUACGCUUUUUUCAGAUUGCACAACGUCCCUGGCGCCCACUACGAGUCCGCAGCGACGCGCAGGUUCAUUCACGGCCGAACGGAAACAAUCCGCUCCUGCUCCUCCGAAUCCGUCAAAUUUGCGCAGACCAUGCUGAACGGAGCAGCAAGUGCGAACGAAAAGGCAGCCACUUUGAGGAACGCCAUUAAGGCACACAAGGACUACGCAACUCUGGCUCUUGCUGGCGAAGGCGUGGACAGACACCUUUUGGGCCUCAGACUGAUCGCUGCAGAAAACGGAAUCGAGCUUCCAGAUUUGUUCAAGGACGUCGCCUUCACCAGGAGCACACACAUGAGGCUCUCCACCAGCCAGGUUGCUGGUCGAGCUGAGUCGCACAUGUGCUACGGACCCUUGGUGACGGACGGUUACGCUUGCUGCUACAACCCUCGCAGCAACGACAUGAUUUUUGGCACUUCGGCGCACAACUCGUGCCCAGAAACGAGCGCCCGCAAAUUCGCCGCAGCUCUCGAAGAGUCUUUUACUGACAUGCAAAGGGUUUUGAACCUUUCGCCUUUGGCAAAGCUGUGAUUGACGAAAUCGAUGUUUUAUCCUUCAUUUUAUCAUUUACAACUACUUGUAUUUUAAAUAUUUUACUUGAAUAAGACUGCAAGAGUAUCCCAUCAAAAGAAAUAAAAGCGACGAUUCGCAUUAAUUGUUAUGACAAUUAUUUUAUCCAAUGUUAAAUGCUAUGUCUUGCUUUCAAAAUUGUUGCUUGGAAAGUGAAAGUGUUUCCACAGAUUGUACUUGAAAUCAAAUGAAAGACAAUAAAUAUAUUGUUACACCUUUUUCUUAUACAGAAAA